AUGGCUUGUGAGCCAUCUCGUAGCCAUCUCGUCGGGAGGGAUUACUCCCGACGAGAGGGUGUACAACCCAUCUUGUUGGGAGGAAUCCCUCCCGACGAGAGGGUGUACAACCCAUCUUGUUGGGAGGAAUCCCUCCCGACGAGAGGGUUUACAACCCAUCUCGUUGGGAGGAAUCCCUCCCGACGAGAUGGGCUUAAGACCAGCUCAUCGGGAGGGUUUCCUCCCGAUGAGCUGGACUAUGUACAAGUUUGGCAGUCCAAGUUUGCCGCUUCGUUCCGUCAAUUUGACGGCUUCGUCAAGUCUGCCAACACCGCAUGCUCCUCCUUGAACCUCCAGUUGGACGUGAUCAUCAAGGGACUCGGCUUGGACUUGAAUCUGUUUGUCGGCGUGAACCUAAACUUGGGCGGGCUCCUUGGCGCAGUGGGCUCGCUUCUCGGCGGGAUCCUCCGCAAGAGAGAAGUCUUCCUCUUGAACUAA